CUGAUGUGUAAGGCACACGUUCAUGAGCGGGAUUUCGGUUGGCGCGCUGUUAGUGUUCUGUUUGUUUUAUCGUUGAUAAGUCUGUAAAUGAAAUCAAGAAAGAAUAAAAAUAAAGAGUCUCCUAAGAAACGUAGAACAGAUGACUCUGAAAACAGAGCCAGUGAAAAAAUUCCAAAUUCCGACACUACAACUGAUGAUUCGAUCCACUGUAAAGUCAGGUUACUAGAUGAUACUCAAACUCCUAUGGAGUUUACAAUAAAGGUUUGUCAUUACAUUUUAACUAGUGACGUUUUAGAAAGCUGACAGUGGUUCACUACUUUUUAAAAAAGUGUGUGAGUCCGUAGGUGACCUAGUUGAAUGUGACUAUUUCGGUUUGAGAUAUACCGACAAAGAAAAUAUACGGCAAUGGUUAGAGUUAGACAAAAGCGUUUACAAACAGCUCAAAGAUUGUAAGUCUUUCGUGGUGAACUUCCGUGUGAAACAUUAUCCACCGGAUCCUGUCAACGAUUUAGCACAAAGUAUUUCCAGGUACUUGGUAUAUCUCCAAAUACGUCGGGAUUUGACUCAGGGUCGUCUUUUGUGUCCUCCAUCUAUAGUUGGAAAACUUGGAGCACUGGUCGCACAAGCUGAAGUCGGUGAUGCGCCGUCAGAACAUGUAGAAACACCAAAUGGUAAUGUUAAUCACUGUACACCACCUUUACAUGAUUCACGGUUGGAUAGUGUCGAGUCUACUGAAUUUACAAAUAUAUCCAACAGUAACAAUUGUGAUCAGUGUAUACAAGGAGAGACAUUAAAUUAUACUGCAUGCUGUGACAUGCUGCGUAAACUGAAAAUAAUAUUCAAUCAAACGCCGGAGGUUGAAGCGCAAAUAAUGAAAGAAUACCAAAAGCUUCGUGGUCUUAAUGCGGUUGACGCAGAAACUGAACUUCUCCGACAUGCAUCGCAGUUGCCGACGUAUGGGAUCGAUCCUGUACCAGCUACGCCCAUGCAAAAGGUUUAUUUACCUAUUUCAACCUCGACAACUGAAAAUAAUUCGCCGCAAACUGAAGUCAAAGCUACUGAUGAGAAGCGAAACUCAGUCACAUUGAGCUCUAAACCUGUAAAUUUACCUGAAGGGGCUACUUUCUACUUGGGUAUAACUAGUACAGGUGUAGUGACUUUUGUGGGGCGACAAAGAAAUGCAGAAUAUACAUGGGAUCAAAUUCAUCGAUUGGGCUGUGAUGGCAAAUUAUUCUUAGUUUACCUUAAAAGAGAUCAUACCGGUACUGGAAGAAAAUUGUUCCGGACAAAAUAUAUUCUGCAUUCAUUUCGUUGUAAAUCUAAAAAUGCAGCGUUUGCUUUUUGGCAUUGGGUUGUUGAUAGAAAAUGCUUCUUCACUUUAAAACAAGCUAGUGAAGCGAAGAAAAUCAAGCCUACUACGAAUAUCUUCAGUCGAAGUCACGUUUAUCGAUUUAGUGGACGGUCACAACAAGAACUUCGAGCUUGCACUGGAUCUAUCGCCAACCUACCUCAACAAUCUUUCAGUCGAGUUUCUAGUUUCCGUAAAGUAGUUGGACUUUAUCCUAAUUCAGAUUCUGGUGGAGCUUUUAAUCGUUCUACAUUACCAGGAAGACUUCGACCAUCUAAUGACUAUUUUGGUAAUCGUUCCGAAAGGCCUAAAAUGUUAGAUGAAACUAAUACAUUGAUAUCAGCAUUUUCAGACAUACCAUUAAAACGUAUUCCAGAUACUGUAGUGGAACAACCAUGUGAGGAGGAUCUACUUAACAGUACUAAGACUUCACCCACUAAUAACGACAAAAAGCUGAAUUGCUCAGAUGGUGAUGAGAAAGACCUUGUAAUUCAAGCUGCUGUUGAAUCAUGGAUUGAACCAACGCAAAUUGUUCAACAGACAGUUUCCGCUGAAAAGAUAAAUAUUCAGCCUAUAGCACUUGAAAAAUGUUUAGAGCCAAAUAUGGUUGUUCGUAAACGUAUAGAAAAUUCUACUCUAACACCAACUGAUUAUACACAAGCAGUUAUUGCUUUAGAUAAAACUUUAGAUCAUCAUAUCAACUUAUCUCAACCAGAUGAAUUGACCAAAUCGAAAAUUCAAACUUAUAUUCAUGUAUCAAAUGGUGAAGCUGUUCGUAUACAUGAUGAUUUUAAAGUUUGUGCAAAUGGUCCAACUAAUAAGAAAUUUAAUUAUCAGUCAAUUACAUCUAACGGCGAAACAUCACCAGUUAGUAUUCGUAGUUAUACAUUGAAGGAAAGUUAUCACCAGCAAAAUCUUCAGCAACAACAACAAGAAUAUACUCAUGAUAAUCGACAUAAAAGUCCAAUUCAAACAUAUGCUAUUACGUUAACUGCAACAGCAUUUGUUGUACUAGUCGGUGUUAUUGCUCUUCUUGAAACUACCCCAACUACAUCGAGUCAGUAUGAUCAAAAUGUUUUCUAUCAAACUAUUCGUUACAAUUUCUUGGUUGAUAAUUUUCAAGAAUACGUUUAUACACCAUUAAAAACAUCAAUAUUUAAUGGAUUUAGCUUUAUAAUGUCCUAUAUUAAUCCAUAAAUUGAUUGAAUAAGAUACGAAAUUAACCAUGCUAUGAAUUUAUCCUAAUUCUAUAAAUUUAUAUCUUAAGCAGUCCGAGUAAUUUUAAUUUAUUUUUCCAUGUGUUUUUCUAACUUCUUUCAGUGUGUUCUUUCUUUACGUUUAGUUUAUUGAAACAACCACUUAAUUAUUGUCAUUUAUUUAUAUAAUCAUUUCAUAAUACGUCUUUCUUAUUUUAAAUACUUAUUUUCUGUAUGUAUCACUUAUUAAUUACUCUUUGUGAUUGUUAACAUUCGUCUUCAUUAUCACAAUUGAUAAAGUAUAUUUAUCUGUUUCACCGUCAUAAUAUUUAUUUCUUAAAUAAUAAUAUUAAACUGUUAUAUUGAACUAUAUUUCUCUGUGUGUUCAGUUGAAAGAGUGCUUCGGUUAUUUACACAAACUUAUGCUUAUUACGAAGUAAGAGUUUUUGUUUGGUGAUAAAUCAUGUGAUAUGAUGUCUGCUUUUUUUCGUCCUUCCCUACCUUUUUUCUAAUAUUUAUUAGCAGGAAGCUUUCUGUUCAAAACAUUGUGAUUGACUGGUAAAACUAGAACGUAUAUAUUUGUAUUUUUGAGUAUUCUGUCUUGAAUAGUUUUGUUAUCAAUAGAAAGAUCACCGUAAAUAUUAUUAUUACCGCUACUAUUUAAAUGCUUUUCAUAAUGAUUACCUUCCGGAUCAACUCUACUGUUGUUGUUUAAUAUUAUUCUUUGUCAAACUACUUAUUAUGAUAAUAGUAGUGUUCUUCGAAAUGCUGAAAUGUUUCAGAAUAAUGCUCGGACUUUGUUGACUUACAUAUGUAUUUUUGAAGAAAGAACGUACAGUUUGAAAUGUCAUGUUUUUCUCACAUCUUUAAUUUUCAUCUUGAUUUCAUUCUACAUUAACGAAGAUUGUGUACAUUCACUCAGUAACUUGUUUUUUUCUAAUUAAGAAGCUAGUUCCGAUUGGUAUGAAAUUACACUCAUUAUACUUAUCAUAGCAUAUUAUUUUCACAUACUUAUACAAAUGUGAGAGUGCACAUGAGCAUAUGAAAUACAGAUAUUUCGUCGAAUUUUAUUGGUUUAUAUAUGAUACAUACUAGUAUGUGAUAUAUACAUAUGUUCGUUCAUUAUCAUAUUGUGAUUGUUUUUUGUAUUUCCAUUUUAUACUUUCAUAGUUUAUGUAGUCAUGUUUGUUUCUUUCUGUUUUGCCUUUUAUUGACGACUAUUUUUGCUUAGUUUACAAGUUAACAAAGUUCAUCUUCCAUCGUUUACUUUUGGAAAAUACAUUUUGCUUGCUAAAUUUAUGUAUUUCUGUAUGUGUCCAUAUGUGUGUGAGUGUUUGUCAAUAUCUCCCAAAAUGACUGUUUUCGUUAUUUUAAUUAUUCGCACUUGAUUUUCGUGUAUUUUUGGUUAUUAAAUGCUUGAGACGUUUAAUAGUGCGCCUAAUUUACUUUACUUUUCUUCUUUUCAUCCGAAAUAUAUAUGUAUAACUGUGCAUCUAUGUAUGAACGUUGCUGACGAACUCUUUCAUCGUUGAUUUGCAUUCCUCAUAUUGUUCUAGUGUAGACGAAUUAUUUGCUUACCUUGUUACACGUAAUAAAAUAUUUACACACAUCAUUUCUGUUAUAUUUUCACGAGACAACAAUUUUGAAUUCCUGUAGAAGAUUAUUUUCUGAAUCCUGUUAAUUAUUCUGUCUCUGCAUAUAUAUAUAUAUAUAUAUAUAUAUAUAUAUAUAUAUAUAUAUAUAUAUGGCGUACAUUGUGAUAUUCUUUCGUUAUAUGUACUGACUAUAAAGUUUGAUAUAUUUUUGAUUGGUUUCAUUAGUUUAGUUUCCAUGUCUAUGUAUUUGUGUCUGAAUGCACAUUUGUCAAUUUUCUCUCAUCGUUUACCUGCUAUAUUUUUAUCUUCAUUUUUUCAUAUUCAUUUUGAUGUAGUAAUCAUCCAUAUAUACAUAUAUAUACCAUAAAAAUAACCGGUUUGUUUG